AUGAAUAUGCCCAGAAGAGAGGUUUUAGUGUUCGCCUCCAUAGGAGAAAUUAUUUCAAGAAAAGGAAGUCAGAUGGAUCAAGGCGGGUUCUGUAAAAAAGGUUUGUUUGUUAUAAAGAAGGUUUCCGAAAUAUUAACCGCAAGAAUUAGAAGGGAAGGGAAGUGCGUCGUCGAGCAAAGGUUAGUGUUGGUUGUCCUGCUUUUGUUAUGGUUAACUAAUGGUUGGGUCAUCGAGAAGAUGGAGGAAAAUCACAAUCACACGUUGGUUUAUCCCGGCCAAAUAUUCAGACUCGGAUCACAUCAACAAAUAUCAGAUGAAGUCAAAGCGAUAGUUGGCAAUCUACAAUGGAGUGGAUUAGGUCCAACACAAAUUAGUGAUGUAAUUGUGAAAAUCUUCAAUGGCCAACAGAAUGUUGGUGUGUCAGAGGCGAAGCUCAAAAGUUUUAUCAAGAGAAACGAAAGGCAUAUGGGUAUGGAGGACUAUCAAUCUGUGUUAACAUAUUUUGAUUCCAUCCGAGUGAAGGACCUUGGCUUCAUUUACUCCAUCAAUUUAGCUAAAAAUGGGAUGUUGAGAGGAUUUUUUUGGGUUGAUAGUAGAGUGUGGUCUUCUUAUCAGGUAUUUGGUGAUGUUGUGGUGUUUGACACAACAUACAAGAGGAACCGAUAUAGAUGGCCUUUUGGGCCAUUCAAAGGAGUCAAUAACCAUAGGCAAUCUAUCAUAGUCGGAUGUGGUUUGGUUGCUAACGAAACCAAGGAGUCAUUUGAGUGGUUCUUUAGGGCGUGGUUGAAUGCAAUGGGAAACAAGGCACAAGAUGCCAUUAUUACUGAUGAGUGUACCAGUAUUAUACCUACCAUGACCAGUGUUUUCCCCAAUGCAGUACAUCGAUUUUGCUCUUGGGAUGUUGCGAAGCAUGCACAAGAACACCUUGGUCCGAUAUGGUACAGGAAUCAUGACUUUAAGAUGGACUGGAGUCAGUGCAUAUAUCGUACGUGGACAGAGGAACAAUUUCUUAUACGGUGGGAAGCAAUGAUGGUGAAAUAUAACUUGAAGGGUAAUUCAUGGUCAAGUGACAAGUUCGCACAAAGGGAGCAUUGGGUGCCAUGUUAUUUGAGAAAGCAAUUUUUCGAGGGUAUGAGCUCAACACAAAGAAGUGAAGGGUUGAAUAGUUACUUUCAAGGUUAUUUUAAGGGCACAAUGACAUUGUACAAAUUUGUAAAGUAA